AUGAUGUGUAUGAACAUCAAGAGUAUCAGCAAUGCUGAAAAGAGAGGCAAAUGCCAAGUGCUUAUUAGGCCAGGCUCCAGAGUCAUCAUGAGGUUUCCAAAUAUAGUGAUGAAAUACAUUUAUAUUGGUGAAUUUGAAAUCACUGAUGAUCACAGGGUUGGAAAAAUUGUUGUUAACCUGACAUGGAGGCUAAAUAAGUGUGAAGUGAUCAGCCCCAGAUUUAAUGUGCAACUCAAAGAUCUAGAAAAAUGUCAGCUCACAUCUUGUCAGUUUGGUUUCAUUGUACUGACAACCUCACCUGGCACCAUGGACCAUGAAGAAGCAAGAAGAAAACAUAUAGGAGAGAAAAUCUUUGGAUUUUUUUUUUCUAGGAAAGUAAUGCAUACAAAUAAAAUGCCUCAGAGGACAAAAACCCCCCAAAUCCCUCACAAGAUUAGAUUCUAG